AGGGAGAAUACAUUGAGUUUAAAUUUGGUGCUAUGUUUGGAAUCUCUACAAUGGCAGCUGCUGCCUUGGGGAACUGGAUCUCAGAUUUAGCUGGAGUACAAACUGCUCAUUAUGUAGAGGUGGUAACGAGUAAGUUUGGAGUUAGAGCACCGGCACUCACACCAGAACAAGUUGAUAUGUCUUCCACAAGAUGGUCUUCCAAUAUAGGGAAAGCAAUAGGAGUCUCAAUAGGCUGUAUAUUAGGAAUGUUCCCAUUAUUGUUCUAUAAACCAAAACCAAAACCUAAAGAAACAAACAUAGCGGAGGAAUCACCAUCUUGAUGAAUUAUAGGGAUCACACACACGCUAUGAUACUAUAAAUAGUAAUAAAUACCAGUAGAAGACCCUGUGAUUUAAUAUGCAACAUAUCCCUGUAGCAGCCUAGCAGGUGUUUAUAGUGUUGACCAAUUAGAGGAUGUCAUCCGGCCGAAGUUGAUGUUGAAUACUGUAUACAGUAGUUGUUUCUAAUUUGUCCAUUUGCUUUCCGUGGGGUUCAUUGGGAUUGUAUAGGUGUGGUUUAGAACAAAUUUGUUUUAGUACAUACUAUGACAUAAUUGUUAUCAUUUAAAUAAUAAUACUUUUGUUGUUAUCGUAAGACAGAUGGUUUAAAU